AUGAUUAGCACGCUCUUAAUACUAAUCGGGGGCUGGUAUGCGUGUUCGAUAACGCUUUCUAUCUACAACAAAUGGAUGUUCGAUCCUGAUCUUGGACUGAGCGUGCCGUAUCCCAUUUUGGUAACGUCUCUACACCAGUGGCUGCUAUGGUUAAUUUCAUGGGCUUAUUUGAAAGCGAAAGGAAUUCAACCAUCCGAAAAUAUAAGUGCGGAUGAAAGCUCGUGGAAAUUCUUUUGGAAGUAUAUUGUCCCAACAGCGCUUGCGUCUGCAGGAGACAUCGGGUUCAGUAAUGUGUCUUUCAAGUUCGUGGCGCUGUCUGUUUAUACAAUUGUGAAAUCUUCGAGUAUAGCAUUCGUGCUUCUAUUCGGGUGUCUUUUCAAGACAGAAAAAUUUCGGUGGACGUUGAUGGCCAUCGUCCUAGUAAUGUUUAUCGGCGUGGCCAUGAUGAUAUACGACCCCAACAUGGGUGGCAACAGUGCUAGCAGUGACCAUAAGGUGCUGGGGGUUCUAUUAGUGCUUUCAAGCAGUGCUCUUUCUGGACUGCGUUGGGUUUACACGCAACUGAUCUUAAGGAAAGGAGAUUCGUCGUCUCCGGCUGACAAUGGCAAAAAGACGCCGGUUGAGACCAUUUACCGCGUUGCUCCAAUCAUGGGGUUGGCUCUUCUGGUCACAUCUCUGGGCGUCGAGAGACCGUUUCCCGACAUUUUCCAUUCUCAUUUGUUUUUGAUAGACGAGCAAGCAAACUUUGGCUCUGUAGCACGAGGAAUGCUGCUUCUUGGAUUUCCGGGUGUUCUGGUUUUUCUCAUGACGCUUUGCGAGUUUGGUAUUCUGCAGCGUGCCCAUGUUCUCACGCUUUCCGUUGCGGGUGUGGUCAAAGAGUUGCUUACGAUUGCAGCCAGCAUGUUAAUACUGCGUGAAAAGCUAGUCGGUCUCCGCAACUGGCUUGGAAUGAUUAUUAUCCUCCUCGACGUUUUCUAUUACAACGCGUUCCGCUACAAUGAAAGAAGAAGCGCUGCCAUACCUUUGGACGAUCAGGAAGCUGAUGCUUUCAUACCAGAAUUCGAACUGCAGCGUACAGAAUAA